GACUGACACCAAGCCUAGGUCCGGCCAUCUUGUAACGACGAAGCGCUGUUGUCCUUAAAAAACACCCCCGAAACGCGAAAAUUCGCGUAAAUAAUUGGCGCAGACCGCAAAUCCCCAUGCCCCACAAGUGCCCCAAGUGUGUGGAACAAUUAAACUCACGUGUACUUGCCAUACAAGCGAAAUUCGUGCAGAUUCUCGCUGGGUUCUUCCUAUUAGUUUUGUGUAUUCGUUUUUGUGGGUGAAGUAGAGACGCUUUCGGACGCUGAUACGUUGACCGAUGCCUAUAUUUGGAUACAUUCAGUCUUGUGAAUAACCCCCCCAAAUAAAACUGGAAAAAUUCCAAUUGCCUAAAUGAUCUCUUCCAGGAUGUAUGACGGCGGGUUUAUCCGAGGACAUAGAUUUUUCACCCAAUAAGAAUUGAAUGCAUUACAAUGGGCUGAACGAGACGCUCCUGCAGAAAGGGCAGUACUGCAUAAAAUAAAGUAUUGUGGUCUGGAAAUGGAUAAGGAAAAUGGAAAAGCCAAUGAGAGCUCUUCCGGUUCCAACAAGGUGUCCAAUGCUCAAGACACUGCCUCUCUCCUCGAUGCGGCCAAUUUAUUUGGAGCUUACUGGCCUAGAGGCGAUGCGAGUGCCGCAAACCUUUUUGCUGCAGCGAGCGGUUUUGGGCUGCCACCGCAUGCAGCAGCCGGUCUGCCGUUUGGAAUGUUGGGUCCAGGGACUGGAACUGCCACUCAAUCCGGACGAGGAGCCGGAGGUGCCGCUUCAAGUGGAGCCGGGCUGCCGCCCAACUACCAAUCAGUUUCCUCGGCUUCCACAUCUUCAGCUGCAGCUGCAGCCGCUGCUUACAGCAACGCCUACUCCAACACGUUGUCUGUUGCCGUCAGCCAAGCGGCCAGCCUCGGCAUGCCAGCGGCAACUGCUGCCUGGUGGUCGAUGGCGUCGCACUUUGCCGCUCAGGACUAUUUGGCCCGUUUGCAAGCGACAGGGCUGAAUUUUCCAAUGGGUGCCCCAGCCGACCCAUAUGCUGCCAUCGGGCUUCCAUCCAUGGCGUCCUUGCAGCCCCACAAGACGAAGGGCGCCGCUUCCAAGUCGAUUUCGCGCUCCAGUUCGGGCGGAAGUAGCAAAGACAAAAUGUCCUCACCACCCGGUACAUCUGCAGGGACCAAGAUGGACCAUCACAACUCCAAAAUGAACAAGCCAUCGAACAACUUGAAAUACUCAUCUUCCACUGGUCUGACCAUUCAGCCGAGCCUCAAGAUGUCAGCUAGUGCGAACUCUGCUGGUAGUGAGCGUAGUAGAAAAUCGAGCAGCGGUAGUGAUUUAAGUUACUUGAAUAAACUGGACGGUAAACAGAAGAACAGUGGUUCGGCGAGCGCGAAAUCUUCUCUGGAUGUGCCCACCAGCAUUUACUCGAGCACGAUGAAUAUGAGUAGUGGGCAGGACAAAAGUGGCGCUUCCUCGGGUUUAAGUAAUGCUAAUAUGCAAAAUUCCGUCAAUAGUGCUGGUGUUACGGGAUUACCUGCCAGUAUUUUAAGUGCUGCAUUGGAGGGAAGCAGUGAUCCUAAUUCAAUUUUGGGCGGUGUUAGGUUGCCCCCCGACACCGAGAUCAUCAAAUACACAUCGUCCAUUGUGGGCCCCAAAGUUCCAGGCACAACCAAUCGAGGCCGCAAGAAGACGAUAUCACUUGAUCCUCCUUCGGUGAGCCUGUUGCCUUCUGCUAAUAGCCACAUGUACAUGGAGCGAGCUAAACGAAUGAAGUUGAGCGAUCAAGAAGUCACGUCGCCCGAUGCAUCUACUUCCGAUAGAGUUGAGGUGAUCAAGUUGCCCGCAACAAAUGGAAGUCCUUCCGGCAUUUUGCCCUAUUCUGAUGCGUCGGGAGAAGCUCCUCUCAACCUUUCGUUGAAACCAAGCUGGGCAACAACUGGCAGUAGCUCGUCGCUGAACUCCCUUAGCAACAUGAGCGCUAAUAUUGGAUCUGAUCGGAUUUCUCGUCGGAAGCCGGGCCCCAAACCACGCAGGGUGAUUCCUGCCGAGGCAACGCCUCCUCCAACCACUCCUCCUAGUACAAUUGUUUCUGCUUAUCUUGGGUCUGAAUCGCCUCGACCUUCUAGCCGAAAUGAAGGUUCUGACGGCGGCAGCUCAACAUCAUCCACAUCAGCUACGGCUUUCUCCGGAAGCAGUACACCCGGCACGAUGCUCAAUCACAAAGAGGGCAGGCCCAGGAACUUGGGACGAGGCGUCAGCAAGCCGAAGAAAAAUACUGUAGCCUCCUUGCUGGCUCAAAGUAGAGCUUUGGGUAUCAAGCCAGUUCCCAUCCUGGAUCCGAACAUGUCAACGAAUCAACAAAUGAGCCUAUUGAGGUCGAAGGUUUGGGCUGCUGAACAGUAUAUUGCGGAGACAGGCGGCGAUGAUAAGGCUAUGAUUAAGAACCUGCAGGAUAGAGGCAGGGUAGCGCUUAGCGACGGCAGUACGGCCGAUGCGUCUGAUUCUGAUAAUCUAACUGAUUCUAAUCGUACUGAUUCAGAUACUGAGUCGGAGGCACCGGUUGCCAGCAAGAAACAGAAGCAGUACGACGAGCGCUUGUUAAGAGUCCCUCUAGAAAAAGGAUGGCGGCGAGAGACAAUUCUCAGAGGAGUUACCAAAAGCGGUAGCAUUAAAGGCGACGUCACUUACACAGCCCCGUCGUCUUCCAAUAAAUUUAAACAGAUGUCAGACAUAACACAGUACUUAGAAUACCAAAAAAACGCGGACUUAACCAAGGAUAACUUUACGUUCAGCUGUCGUGUGAUCAUCGGUGAUUAUUUGCAGCCGCUUCCUCCGGAAAUACAAACCGAAGGCAACGAUCUGAUUUAUUUAACCGAAGAAGAUGUGAAAAAUAGUGAUUUCAGAUUAGAUGAGCUUGGAGCUGCUAUGCGAAUCAAUUUGCCAGUGGAGCAGCGAAUCGAAUUGGCCCGGAGGCAGCAAGCGGCUCGAGCUGCCGCCAGGCAGGAGAGGGAGCUACAGAAAUUGACGAAAGAGUUGGAAAAAAAUGAACGACAAGAAGCCGUCCGAAGAGAGAGGGAAGCCAGGUCUCAGCAGAUGAUGGAGGUAUGUCCUUUAAUGACAUACAAGAGACAGGCAAAGCGGAAACGGCAAGAGGAGGCUGAAAAACAGAAACUAGAAGACCAUCAAAGGAAACAGCAGGAGAGAGAAAUUAAAAGACAACAAACCGCCAUGCUAAAGGAGCAAAUCUACAUACAGGAGAUCAAUAAACAACGAGAAAUGCUCUACACUGUCGAGCUGGAGAAGGAACGCAGAAGGCAACACCUUGCUCUGAUCAAGUCUAUGGAAAACCGACGAAAGAUGGAGGAGAAAGAGCGCCGAAAACAGCAAUUGCUAGCGGAAAAGCAGGCGAAUAAAGAGAAAAAACUGGAGCAGAGGAAAAUGGAUCUGGAAAUUCUAACAGAGUUACGAAAACCCUGCGAAGAUCUCGAACUAAUGAACCAAAAGCAGCUGCCCGACUUUGAACGUAUUUCCGGCCUAAAGUUGCCUGGGGAGGCUUUCGCUAACACUCUGAUGGUUUUUGAGUUUUUACAUAAUUUCGGUGAAACUUUGGGCUUCGACAUGGAAUCGUUACCCACAUUGGAGUCUUUGCAACAGGCGCUAAUGUCGAACGAACAUUAUUACGAAGCAGAAGAGGAAUUGUUUUCAGUAAUGACUCAUCUACUAGUUUGUGCCAUCGAGGAUCCGGGCAUUCCAAAUCCGGCAAGACAUACCACUAUUCUGGGACAAAGCCUAAGACAAGCGGAUAUCACUCCCUCUAAUCUAUCAGAGAUUCUUCGCAUUUACUUGUACGCCAAUGCAACAGGCGAAGUCAAGGCGCUUACAGGCGUACAUUUUGAAAGAGACCGUGAAAAACGUAUCGCGGAUCACCAUCAAACUGAGGAGGAAAUGCAGCAGACUGUGGCUGGUAAAAAUAGUCAUUAUUACGAACUUCUGCAUGAAAACUCUACGUACAAAAUGUCGGACCUGCUAAGAGAAAAGCCCUUCAUGGCUUUAUCUCCAACAGACAAAGCGUCAAUAUUGGCGUUCAUCUGCAACGAACUUUUGCAGAAUAAAGCGGUACUCAGGCAAAUUGAUAGUUCAAUGUCCACGAUGAUAGAAAACAAGAGAGAUAAGUGGUUGCUGGAUCAAAAAAUUCGAAAGUUGAAGGUGCUACAUAAUAGAAAAGUGAAAACUGAGGCGAUGGAACGAUCUCAUAACGAAGACGGCACAGUGGAUUCGCCGCAUAUUCUUCACAAAGACGAGCUCCUUGAUGAAGAGGACCAUGAAAUGAGCGACAACGAAAGUGUAGGCACACAACCAGAGGAAGAAGAAGAUGCGAAACUAUCCGGCGAAGAACUGGCGAAAAAACUGGAAAAGUUAAUACAAACCUCGGAAAACCAUCUAGCGUCCAGCAAUCAGGCAUUAUCGCAACUUCGGGCAGUAACUUUUGGAGAAGAUCGCUUCUUCCGGAGGUAUUGGUCUUUUCCGAAAGCCGGUGGAAUAUUCAUAGAAGCCAUGGAAUCUGCAGAACCAGAAGAGUUUGAAGAACAACUGAUAGGCGACCACAAAGAGACCAUCAACAAUGGAAUCAAGAGCCUGAACGAACUCCACAGCGUCAUCGAAAAUGUGGAUAAAAUCAACGACCACGCUAUCGACAAGGAAGUGAGCAGCAUUGUGGAAAACCAAAAUAUCAAGGAGGAAGAUGUUAAUAAAGACAACGAAAAUGAGCACCGAAAGACACCCAACCGACUAAGUACCAUGGAAAACGGAGACAUUUACGAGCCAAAUCUAGAACAAUUAAAGCAGAGUGUUGAGCACCUGGUACAAACUAUGGAGCAAGCCGUUGACAAGGAAAAGGAAGAACCGGCUAAAGAAUCUCAAGAUGAGCCAGAAGGAAAACGUGGCAAGCUGGAAAGUUACAGCAGUGACUCUAUAUCAAACAGAAAAUUCAACCUCUUUGAGCGAUUGGGGCAGUGCAUGGAGCGCGAGAAUAAAACUGAAGAAGAUCUGAAGGCCGAGGUCAAAGCCGAAGUGAAGGAAGAAUUGAAGAAUGAGAUCUUAAAAGAGUUGAAGCAAGAAAGGAAAAUUGAGCACAUCAAAACGGAGUACGAUGAAAACGAUGAGGUCAAAUGGUUCAGCAUACUACAUAAAGAUGGUUCGACUUGUGGAGAGGUGCAUCCCGCCUCGGCCAAUUCUAAAGAACCGAACGAUGGAAAAGUUCCAAUUUUUCCGCCGCCCGGUUCCAACACCAGCAAUUAUCAUCACAACUGCGAAAGUCCAGCUCCGCUCCAAAUGACCUCCGAUGAAAGCGCUCAACUGGAGCACAUAAAGAAGCACGGCAAACCUUCAAUGCCCGGCAAAAAGUCCGUUUCGAACGAAAAGCGGUUUGGUUGGUGGCGGAUGAAAAGCUUGGAGCAACUCAGGGAGCUGUUGGAUAACUUGCAUCUUCGAGGUGUGCGAGAACGGGAGCUGAAGCGAAGUUUCCUGCUCACCAUGCAGCAAAUGUACAACAAAGGAAAGCUCGUAAUUGAGGAGGGACACCCGGAGUUGACAAGUUUAGUUGGAGAGAAUAUCGAAGGGGUUUGCAUGGUGGAGGAAGGAGCCCCAAUGCCUUAUGAGGCUGGCUGGUGGAGCAAGGCCGUAGCGCAUCGAGUAGAUAUGGUUUUACAUGAGCAGGUGGAAGCUUUGGAAGAUAAAGUGGCUAGCGCCAGCAUGCAGGUCAAGGGUUGGAAAGUGCCUGAGAGGGACGACUCCGAAAUCCCCUAUGGAGAAGUGGUUGGCAUAGUGAAGCAAAAACUCGCCUCCUUGGAGCAGAACAUCGAGCGAAGAUAUUUAAAACCGCCGCUUGGCAUCAACGCAAAUAUGCGGUCAAGCACCGGCAGCACUCAGGAAUCACCUCACCCGCCCACUCCAGAAACCUCAUCAGCAGCCCAACCAAUCGCGUCACAGUCCACUCCAAGUACAGGCGACGACAUCCCGAAGGGCCUGGUUACUUGGAGGGAGGCCAUCAAUCGUGCGGCCACUUCUUCCCAGCUCGCCAUGUGUCUUUAUUCGCUGGAAUCGUCCAUCGCUUGGGACAAAAGCAUCAUGAAAGCUGUGAGCGAACAGGCUGUAUUUAGCGUACAGAACGCCCGCAAAUAUAACAGCAAGCUCAGUAAUUGCCAAUUUUGCCAAAGCGGAGAUAAUGAGGAUAAGUUGCUGUUGUGCGAUAGUUGUGACAGGGGAUACCACACCUACUGUUUCAAACCUAAAAUGGACAACAUUCCUGAAGGCGAUUGGUAUUGUCACGAGUGUAUGAACAAAGCAACUGGGGAACGGAAUUGCAUCGUUUGCGGCCGAAAAGUGUCACUAACAAGCACAAGAUUGGUGGCUUGCGAGCUUUGCCCCCGGGCUUAUCACACCGACUGUAUCCAGCCGCAGAUUAAUAAGGUUCCGCGCGGCAAAUGGUACUGCAGUAACUGCAUUUCGAAGAAACCUCCGAAGAAGGCCGUUAAACGCAAUAAAAGUACUCCGAGGGAGAGCGAGUCUUCCGAUCAACCACCUGCUAGUCCCACUCCUUCGCAUAGCUCAGUAACAACUAACGAAGAUCAACCGACAACGAAUUGCAGUCAAGAAAGUGAUGUAUCUUUAAUUUCGAAUGCCAGUGUGCCCAUUGUGAAUGUGUCCGUUGAAAAUUCGCCAUCGGCAAUCGCGGCGAAAAAAGAGAAGGAAAAAGAGAAGGCCCAAAAAAAAUUGAUAAAAGAACUGGCGCCCUGUAAAAAAAUUCUCGAUGAUCUCGAAAGUCAUGAAGACGCGUGGCCGUUUCUCUUGCCAGUGAACACGAAACAAUUCCCUACUUAUAAGAAAAUCAUUAAAAUACCCAUGGAUCUGUCUACUAUUAAGAAGCGAUUGCAGGACUUGACCUACAAGUCGAGGGACGAAUUUUGCGCAGAUGUCCGGCAAAUCUUCAACAACUGCGAAACCUUUAACGAAGACGACAGUCCGGUUGGUAAGGCAGGUCAUUGUAUGCGUCAAUUUUUCGAGACACGAUGGACCGAUCUAUGCUCUAAUCAUAGUUGAGAACUGUUAAAUAUGUACAACUUGUCUAGGUUUUAAGGCGUAUGCAUAAUACAGAAGAAACUAUCAAUCGCAAGGUUUGGAACCACCUCGAAAAGCCUGCUAAACUCAAGUCAUGCCUACCUCAAGAGGUCAUGUAUGUGUAACGUUGUAAAUGAAGAUACUGUUUUCUGAAAAGCCAAUUUAAAAAUAACAGUUUAGACGAUAUGGGAAACAAUAAUUUCGGCUCCUUUUACAUGUGCAUUCGCUUCGUAAUGCUGUUUCAUUUGUUUUGAUAUUUUUUCAUUUAAAUGUGUUGACCUCAAAGGGAACCUGUUCCUGGUUUAAACUGUACAAUUUGUAAAUACUAAUAAUUUCCUAGAUUUAUAGCUGCUGUUCUGCCAAGUAGUGUUUAGACAAAAACAUGAAUUUCCCAAAAAUGCAAGCAUAUCUUCAUUUACAAAGCCAAUGAAGUUAUAUUGUACAUUGUUGUGGUGCUUGUUUAGUAAAACAUAAUAUUCGAAAAGUAAUCGAUUUGAAGCACUAGUUAAAUAAUAACUACAGAGUGAUCACGAAUUCAAAUUAAAUUACAUAUUUUAAAUUGUUUUAAAGUGAGACCAUUUUGGUUUUUGUUAUUUUGUUGCCUGUCUUGACUGAAAUGUGGUAUCUGCGUUUAAUGGUUGGCAGGCCACAAAAUGACUACAGCGUUUGUGAUUUGUUAAACGCGUGUGAUUUUUAAUUAAAUUAGGAAAUUGAGAAUAUUUAUUUGAUCCAGUGUCUGAUAAUUAAUUUUUGCAUCGUUCAUUUGAUCGCUCUGUAAAGAACCGCGUCGAGAAAAUGUAAGCAAUAAUUUUGUGGUUCUGGAAACUUUUUGACUACAAACUGGAUUAUGGCAAAUAUUGAAACUCGAGCGGUCUCACCAGGCAGGUAAUUCGGUUGCGUGAUACGAUUUAAUAUUGCUUCCUUUCUUUCAUGAACAAAUGGACAUUUUUGCAAAAAGUACAUCACUUAAAAAUAGACUUAAUUACGUGCUAGUUUGUGAUUUAAUUUUUAUUAAAGCGACUUGUAUUUUUGAUAUUUUCUGUUUUAAAUGUCUUAUUUAUUUAGAUUCAGGUUUGCUUGUGUUGAGUCAAAUGUUACUUUCUGCAGCAUAGGUUUGCUCUAUUACAUUUAUCAGUAUGGUUAUGAUAAGUGAAGGAAACGUUCGGAGCGCUCUCUUGGUUUUAUCCAAAUUAAUAAAUCACAAUUUUACCAACUAUCAGCAUUUAAAAUUUUCGAUAUGCUGCUUAUAAUUGUACAAAUUAUAUUUAAUUAAAUUAGCCAUUGUUUGCCAGUAUAAAACAACAUAUGUUUAUUGUAAAUAAAUUAAGUCAUUCAUUGGCUGAAAUCUAAUGUUCUCACCAAAACUCAUUCUUGAAGAAAUCAGCUCUACGAACGUUUUGACUUGCAAUCAAUUCAUUGAUUGCGUGUAUUAUAAAAUGUAUAGAACGCGCACUAUCGCUCAAUUUCCAAAACUAUCCAACAUCCUUGUGUACGCUGCUGAUAAGUCAUUUGUAUAAGCUGAAAUAAUAAUUAUGCAGAAUGUUUAAAAUCUUAAUGAAUGUGUUUUUUUGGUAGGCUAGUUCUGUGCAAAGUAAACUUUGCUCACUUAGGACUAGAACUUAUGUAUUUGAGUGUAAGAUAUUUAUAUUAAUUAUAUUUACUUAUAAAUGUA